UCAGAAAAAAACCCACUGAACUCCAACACUAAAACCUCAUUCCAACUGAGAAGUGUUGAGUGUCCAUCGUGGUUUGGAUCUUGGAAUAGUCCACCAAUCAAAAAUAUCCAGCCAACAGCGCCCCGUGGGCAGCGUCCUGUGACCACUGAUGAAGGUCUAGAAGAUGACCAACUUUAACAGCAGACUUUACAUCUACACGGUGAAAGCAGGAUUAAGACCUGAUGACUGUGACUCUUAACAGGGACGGAGACUGAUGGCUUCACCAGUAGAGGAAAGUGACUCAGUAGAGGAAGAGAUGUUCAGUUAUUUCUCAGGCAGUCACAAACUGAUAGGAUUACUUCUUCACUGGUAGGCUAACAACCAAAGUUAGCAGGCUUACAUGGGGACUCUGGUCAGGACCUUCAAAGCCAUUUGACCGCUACAGGUUUAUCGUUGAAUAUCAGAGCCAGUCAAAUGGAUUUUGUGGACAACUAGUUUAGAGGACACCCACGGACAACUAGUCCGAUCAUCGACUACCCUACACAAUCCAGUUCACUUCAGAACUACCUUGAGGAUGGAGUGAAACGGACAAUGGUGGUUCAAGAAAGAUUCACAUUAUGAUUCUAGUAUUCUAGAAAAUUCUUAUUUAAAACAGGCGGUGGCAAAUGCUGCCACAAUGCCAUAACCCAAAAUUGCCAAUAUACAAAUACUAUAUGGACAUCUAACAUCAGGAUGAACAGUAUUUCAGCAGAAAUGAAUGAACCAGUAAACAAAGCGUUAUAUUUAAAUUCUGACGUCAUAUCUAAUGAUUUAAAAGUGAUGGAAGUACAACAAGAAUCACCCCUAAGUGAUACUUCUAGUAAUAACCAAUGUGAUGAGGGCUCUAAUAACAUAACCAAAGAGAAAAAUGUACCGAUACAGGAUCUUUCUAAUAAUUCUGGGUCUGGAAAUUUUACUAACACUGAAGACUGUAUAAACCAAGAAAAGCCAGAACAGAGUCAAGACUGCAAUAAUUCAAACUGUGAAUCCCAAAUCCCCUGUUAUAAAGGUCAGGAGAACGUUGAGGUAGCACUUGCUGAAGCGAUGACCAGUGUUGAAGAAGCGAUGUGUCAAGAAAAAGUGCUUGAACCACUAGAUUUAAGGCUUCCGAAAAAGAACAAAGAAAACGACAAGUGUAAAUGGCUUCUCGAUCCUGGGAACAGUGUUUCACUGAUAAUGGAAGUAGAUGAGAUUGACGAUGAUACUCAGUAUGUUGAAACGGGGGAGAACGAAGAUGAUCAUACGGACAGUUUUGACCUGGACGAUUGGGAUCAGCAUCCUUCGGUUGCCAUGUCACCUACAUAUGAAUCAAGCAUGUCUCCUGAUCUAAAGGAUACACUUCUCAUUGACGUCGAGGGCAUUCCAUACAUUCUUACUCCAGAUGGCCAGAAAAUCCCACAGAUCGACCUCGGAUCCUCUGAGUUUGAUCUUACGAGGUCCUUGGGUGUCGAAGAUGCUGACUCUGAUCAAGAAGUGUUUCUUCCAAAUUUGACGUUAGGCAGCUUACCUGAGGAGGAGAAGAAUGUGGAGAGUAAAUCAGCUGAAGACCAGGCUGGACAGACAACCUUGCCACCCUUGUCUAGGUUUUCCUCCCUUCCUGUUCAGAUUGGGGCAAGUAAUACUGACUCAAGCACUCCAAUCCUGCUUCUUUCUCCAUCUCAACUUCAGGCACUCAAGGCAUCAAAUUCUAAUCCAGGAGUUUUGACUCUGUCGCUACCUUUAACCCCUGCCCCCAGUAUACAGUCCCCCCCUGUAUUUCUUGUUCUUUCAUCUCAAACGCCCUCUGAACCUCAAACUAAAAUGCCCUCCAUAUCACCUGUUGCACUUUCAUCAUCUUCAGGUUUACUUGACUCUAAAUCAGAACCUGUGUCCUGUACUACUGCUACAGACAGACUGCUCUCAGGACAAAAUAAUCCCUGUAACCUCGCUUCUUCACCUACCUCACCCACCUCCUCCAGCACUUUUUCAAACCUGGCUAACCAGUUGAAAACCGAGGCCUGCUCUGACACGCCUACAUCUUUCCGUGAAGCGCUACUCAGAUUAGCUGUAUCUGCUGAACAAAAAAAUGUGAACCAACCCAAAUGCAAUGAGGAAUCUUUAGCCUUUAACCACUCGUCUUGUCCUGAAGCGACUCAGGCAGAAGGGGAACACCACAACACCGACGGGUCACAAGUUUCUGAGCAGACUUUCAUCUCGGUGGACAAAACAGACUCUUCAUUAAAGCCCAUUUUUCCUAAAGACCAUCCACUGCAGUCCUCCACAUCGCCUGUUCAUCCCGAAUCAGCACUACUUCCAGAAGGCCAGGAUUCUCAGGCAUUAGGCCCACGGCGCAUUCUCUACUGUCAGUACUGCCCACGGAUUUUCUACUUCCUCUCAGACCUUGAACGCCACUCUAUCACGCACUCCCAGAAAAAGCCACAUGUUUGCCAGUGGUGCGGCAAGGCAUUCAAACGCUCAAGCCAUCUGGAGCGACAUAAGCAUAUCCACACAGGUGAGCGCAACUUUGAAUGCCAGCUCUGCCCGCGGCGUUUCAGAGAGGCUGCCGAGCUGACAAGGCACCAGCGUGUACACACAGGAGAAAAGCCUUUCCAGUGUCUGCUGUGCCAUAUGCGCUUUGCCGAGCGCAACACCCUAAGGCGACACACUAAGCGCAAACAUCAGGGUCAGCACCACGAAGCGAUGAACGGGAAAAGAAAAGCAAAAACUGAGGGGAUGCCCGAGCAGGAGGAGGAAAAUGCAGAGUGGUACAGUUCAGCCGUGGCUGAGAUGGAGUCGGACAAUGACACGGGAGGAGAAUGAAAGUAAAAAAACUUUAUUUACAAAGAGUUUGCUGUUUGAUCUUUGUGUUCUGUUUUCAUCUGGAUGCAUCUACACUUAAAUUCCCAUAAUCUGAGUACCUAAUUAGCUAAUUAUUUUACUGUAGUAUUAUAGAGCUAAAC